AUGUUAUCGUCCUCUGAGCGGUCAUCGGAUAUUUUUCUGACGCGGACCGGGACUGACACACCACUCCCGGGGUUCCCCAGUCUCCCCCGUCGUCAUGGCGACCUGGCUCCGUGUCUCCGCUCUCAUGCAGAGCACCUGGUCCCGGACCAGACCUUCUGGCCCCUGUACCAGGCCUGGUCUAAAGGAGAACCGGUCCAACUGUCAGAGAGACUGGAGACGCUUUUUCAGAAGGUGCAGCAGGACCUCGGGGUUCCCUCCUCUCACAGAUUCACUGCGUUUGGCUUCGCUCCUGUGGGGGCGGGGCUCCCUCUGCUGCCUCAGGGCGGCCGGGUCGGACUCCCCCUGAACUUCAACAGCACAGACACACAGAGCACAGACACACAGAGCACAGACACACAGAGCACAGACACACAGAGCAGUGGAGUCACAGACCGUGUCCUCUUCAUGAACGGUCGCGCUCUGGACUGGAGCAGCGCCUCAGGCUCUGCCCUUGCUCGGGCGUUGGUGCUGUCUGAGCAUGCUCAGAAGUUUGCGGUGGCGCGGGAGUUGGUGCGCCUGGAGGGAGCCCUGCCGCUGCUAUCUGCGGCUGUGGCCCCGGUGUGUGUGGGCGGAGUCUGGCUGUACGCCACGCUGCUGAAGCAGGUGUUCCGGCUGCAAGGCGCACACGUCCUGUGGCGAGCGGCGGCGAACACGGUGGCGCUGGCGCUGGGGGGCGUGUCCUAUCUGCUUGGCGCCGACGCCGUCACUCACUUCAUCGAUUUUAGCUGCGACCGUCGCGCCGCUGCCGUGUCGCCACUGUACGCUCAAGGAGGCGUUGAGUUCUACGACAAGAUCCUGAGCCGAAACCGGACUCUGCGAGACCUGAUGGGACCCAAGGGUCUGGACACGUACGCCGCCAACGGAAACCUGUUCCCGAGCAACGUCCUGCAGCUCAAGCACACUCCCUACACCGCACGCCGUGAGGCCCUCUACAGGCUGGUCCAGGACCCGGUCCAGUGA